AUGCCUCGGAUAAAAGCAAAGCGCACUGCGAAGCCCCCAGAGGUCGGCUAUAGUACUGAAGCUGACGAUAUUGCCGCCUUCUUGAAAUGGCUUCAUCAGCAAGCGCAACAAACGGAUCCGGAAAUCUUGACACCUCCGUUAAAGCGAGCCAGGACUGCCGCAGUUCGGGACUCGAUAUGCGUCGCCCGCGAGCAUCUAACCGUCACUUGCCCGGGGACUGCCACAACACAAGAGGCUCUGGCCAUCACCCGCAGAAACGUCGGGGAGAUUCUCUCUAUUCGAUUGUCUGAGCCAGCUUCUGGAGAAUCGGACCAUGGCACCUGGGCCCUACGCCUUUCGCCCCGUGCAAGAUACCGCGGUCCUGGUUUUUCGGUCUGCAGUUCUGUGGAUGGGGACGUUCUUACCACGUCGUUAAAGGCUGCUCUGAACGUGGCAGAGAUUCAGGCGUUUGAUUCGGGCGAAGAGGGUUGUAUCUGGGCUGCAGUGCAUAUCUCGGUACGACAAGAACUGCCGUCCAUUCAGCUGGACCUAUCCAUCGAAGUGAAAUGGAACGAGAGCACGACCAUCCGGGGCAACGACCGGCUGAAUUCGAGUUCCCAGCAGCUUCUGCGCGAUAUAGUCCUCGGGACCUGGUACCCAGAGUUACAUCUGCGCGGCUCCAGAGCCACUCAACCCUCAUGGUCCCCUCAAGAUUUCUACGAAGCCGCAUGUAUCCCUGAUAAGCAAAGCCUGGACGCAGAGGUUUCGGGCAUGGAAAUUCCAAGGUUAGAGGCAACCCUGUAUCCCUUCCAGCGCCGGGCGGUUCAGUGGCUGCUACGGCGGGAAGGCGUGGAGUGGCGCCAGGACCCUCAAACCCGCCAGGGGGGAAUCCGGCCACACAUUGCCGCGGCGUCACCAGACCCUCCCGUUUCCUUUGCGCAAGCCAAGGACUCCGACGGGAAUGCCAUUUAUGUCAGCCCUCUAGUGGGUGCUGCGACGAGAGAUCCAUCCAUGUUCCGAUCACUUCAGGAUCUUAGUGGAGGCAUCCUCGCCGAGGAGAUGGGGCUUGGGAAGACUCUGGAGAUCAUCGCACUGAUACUUCUGCACCCCCGGCCCGAAGGCCCCGUCAUGGUUUUUGAUCCUUUUCUGGGGCGGGAGCUAUUGGCUACCUCAGCAACGCUUAUUGUCGCCCCGUCUUCCCUUCUUGAUCAGUGGCUUUCCGAGCUCAACCGCCAUGUCCCGAGUCUCAAAGUCAUAUUCUAUCCUGGGAUCAAGAAACUGGCCAAACUGAAGGAUGGGAGUAACCUCUCCGCUGAGCACCUCGCCCAGCACAACGUGGUGGUUACUACCUAUGAGGUUCUUAGGACCGAAAUAUGGGCCGCAUCCGACGAGCCCGCACGCUUCAUGCGCAACCAGAAGCAGUACGAGCGGGUCAGAUCUCCUCUUGUCCAGCUCUCCUGGUGGAGGGUGUGUAUCGACGAAGCUCAGAUGGUCGAGAAUUGGACGAAUAACGCCGCGCAGCUUGCUCGGAGAAUUCCCCGUGUCAAUGCCUGGGGCGUCACUGGCACGCCAGUCAAGGACGACGUCCAAAAAGAUCUCCGUGGCCUGCUUCUCUUUCUCCGCUAUGAGCCCUACGCCUCCGACACCAGAAUCUGGAACUUCCUUACUACUUUUGACAAGGAGUCGUUCCGGAGGAUUUUCAACUCGAUGUCGAUGCGCCACAGCAAGAGCCUUGUCAGAAAUGAGAUUGCGAUCCCGCCUCAGAAACGCUAUGUUAUCACCAUGCCCUUUACCGCGGUGGAAGAGCAGCACUACCAGAGCUUGUUCGAGGAACUUGCUGAAACAUGCGGCUUAGACGCCCGAGGAAACCCGCUACAGGACAACUGGGAUCCCGAGGAUCCUGCCGUUCAGAGCGCAAUGCGUCUGGCUCUUGACCGGCUCCGGCAGACCGUACUGCAUCCCGAAGUAGGGUUCCGGAAUCGGCGGGCACUCGGGCAGAAGGCGGGGCCCAUGAGGACGGUCGCAGAAGUCCUGGACGCCAUGAUCGAGCAAACUGAUGGUGCGAUGAGGACCGACCAACGCAACCUGCUCUCGGCGAGGUUAUUGAGAGGACAGAUCCUUGCCUGCCAAAAACGAGAGCAAGACGCCUUAGGCGUUUGGCAAGAGGUUCUGGCGAGAGCCACGGACUGGGUGGAUGAAUGUCGAGCGCAGCUGGGCCAUGAGAUGCAAGACGCUCGCAAAGCCAAAACAGGCGAGAUUCGAGAUGCAACUGAAGAUGGGGAGGAAGGAGAUCUCGAGGCCACCGUGCCGCCACGGGUCGGCGAGGCGAGACGUCGGCUGCGGUCGGCCCUGGAGAUCCAACACACCGCAGUCUUCUUCUGUGGCAAUGGAUACUUCUCCAUCAAGUCGAACGAGGACAUCACCGUACCCGACUCGGAAGAGUUCAAACGGUUGGAGAAGCUAGAGGUUGAAGCAUACGACUGUGCCAAAGACAUCCGAAAAGAGAUCCUUAGGGAGAGUCACGGCAAGGCAAGUAGACUGAUGGAGCGGUUACAGACGGCCGCUUCACAGCGGGCCUUUGCCGUCAUACCUGAGUUCAAAUCCAUUGAGAAGAAGGGUAUCGAGAGCCGCAGAAUCGCCGAUUAUAUUGAAGAAAUCGGCGUCGCAUUGGAUGAACAGGCCGCUGAGAUUGACGAAUGGCGAGAGCAUGCCAUACAGCUUCUGCUGAAGCCCUUGGUUGACGAAGACAACGACGACAUUACGGGCGAAGAAUACGAGCAAUCGACCAAGCUUCAGGACGAGAUCUUGGUUUAUCUCCAGGUACUGCGGACAGCACUUGCAGACAGACACGCCGCGAUCACUGGACAGAAGAACUUCUUGGUGGAACAUGAGACAAAGACAGCGGCUCGAAUGGCCGCUGCAGGAGAGGGACCGUUUCCGGAGAAGCUUCUCGAGCUCCUCAAGGUUCGAGAGACUAUCAGACCGCCCUUUGUCGAAGGGGACCCCAUGACCUCUUUGCGAGGACUUGUGUCAGAACUGCGGGCUCUAUCCGCCAAGCUCCGGAAUGAAGCCGCGACGGGGAGCCCGAGAGCCGCAAACGAGCUUGCCGUUGUCUCAGACUUGCUCAAGUCGACACUCAGUUACCAGUCGGAACAGACAAAGGCGGAAUUGGCCAUGGAAAAGGAGAUUGAGCGUUUUAUGGACACCCUAAACGCUCGGAUUGACUUCUACCGACAAUUACAGGAGGUCUCCGAUAUGGUGGCCGAGUACGAGGGCUCACUGGAGGCUGAAGCGCUGGAUGUCGCUUUGCAAACGGUCCAACGACAAGAAGGGGCUCUGCAGACGAAAUCAGCUGCCGUGAAAGCCAAACACCGCUACCUUGUACACCUCAAGGAGGCAGAAUCCAGCUCGGAAGAGCAACGGAUGUGUGUAAUCUGCCAGUCAACUUUCACAAUCGGCGUCUUGACGGUCUGCGGGCACCAGUUCUGCAAGGAAUGCAUCACACUGUGGUUCCGAGUGCACCGCACAUGUCCCGUGUGCAAGAGGCAUCUGCACCAGACGGAUCUCCAUGACAUCCUGCUGAAGCCGCAGGAACUCAAAGUGCAUUCAGAGACGCACCAGAGGAGCGACAACACAUCGAAUCAGACACAGACAGCAUCCUCCAAAAACCUGUCAACCAUCUACACGGAGUUCAACGCCGAACAGCUAGCCGAGAUCAAGGACACGGAACUUGACGGGCCCAGUUUCACGACGAAAGUGGACACACUGAUACGCCAUCUGCUGUGGCUGAGACAGUCAGAUCCGGGUGCCAAGUCGAUCGUGUUCUCCCAGUACAAGGAGUUCCUGGAAGUGUUGGGACUGGCGUUCCGGCGGCACCGCAUCGGGUACACGUCGUUUGACAAGGCGCACGGCAUCACCAAUUUCAAGGAGGACCCGGGUACUGAAGUUUUCCUUUUGCACGCACGAGCUCACGCCAGCGGGCUGAACCUGGUGAACGCCAGCCACGUGUUCCUGUGCGAGCCUCUCCUCAACACGGCGCUGGAGCUGCAGGCCAUAGCACGUGUCGACCGCAUCGGGCAGCAGCACGAGACGACGGUGUGGCUGUACAUUGUCGACGGCACGGUCGAGGAGUCCAUCUACGAAUUGUCGGUGCAGAGGCGGAUGGAGCACAUGGGGCGCAACUUGAGCCUCAACAAGAGCAAGUCGAAGGAGUCGACGCCGGAGCUGCUGGAUGCGAAGCUGGACGAGGCGAAUGCGCUCGAGAUGCAGCAGGCGCACCUGUCGAAGCUGAUGGGCAAGGACGGGAUCUUGGGCGAGGCGGUGGAUAAUGAUGACUUGUGGACGUGUCUGUUUGGACGCCGGCAUCUGAGACAGGCGCAGGAAGAUAAUCAGCCUGUGAAUGCGGCGACGAUGCGGUUUUUGGCUGCUGAGGCGGCGGAGAAUAGGACAACCGAGGGAUGA